AUGAAUAAAGGAAAUGUCAAAAAGAGAACUUCUUCAUUCAAUAAAUAACCUAUUAUCUACACUCAUGAUAGGUGUGAUACUUAAUAGAAGCAAUUUUAUUGUCCAAAAUCAAAAAAAGAUGUUAAACAUCUGAUAAGUGAUGCGAAAUAGAAAUCAUCUUAUGAGAAUACAAUAGUAAUAAUGCCUUAAAAUGCAUCAUUUAAAAACAUGUUGACAGAAUUGGCUCAUAAAUCUGCAAAGAAGUACGUUAAAAAAUAAAUGAAAAAAACACCAAGUACUUCCUUACAUACUCCUGCUGAUCCUACCAUCAGAAAAACUGAAUAGUAAUCAUACUUAAUGAAGCAAUAGUAAUCAGUUAUACACUAACAAUCCUAAUAAACUUCGUAUAGAUCUUUGUUGCAGCACAAUAAGCAGAAUUAAUGGAUUGAUCUAAUUAAUCAAAAGAGUUCAAAUUAUAUACAAUCAGAUCAAAUAUUAUCAACUGAAUACAAAACUUAAUUGGACAUAAUGACAACAAGUAAUUUAGAUUGGAAAUAUCCAUACACAUGUUAUAAAGAGUAGAGAUGCCAUGGCGAAGUGUCUCAAAUGGAAAACCUAGAGUUUGAUUGUUGGAAAGAGUUUUUAAAGAAUAGAUUAAUAUUACGCCAAUCUAAAUGA